GCAGGGCCCCCAGGCGGUGGAGGGCGGCACGGAGCUUACGCUGGCGGAGCUGCGCCGGCGGUGCGCCGAGCGGGGCCUGCUGCAGGGCGGCGGCGAGAGCCUGCUGCGAGCGCGGCUCGCGGUGUGCCCCGGCUCCGUGAGGCCGUCGGCCGCGCGGAGGCCGCCGAGCGGGCCGGCAGCGUCGCCCGAGCAGGCUGCCGCGCUGCCGCGCGCCGCCGCCGCCGGGCAGGUGCCGCGGUCGCCCCUGCGGCAGUCUGGGCACAAGCCCACGGUCAAGCAGCUGGACCUCGCCGCCCUCCUGGCUCAGCAGGCUGGGCUCGCGGUGCCCGCCGGUGCCCUGGCCAGCUACGAGGCCUGCUCCCGGUUCAUCAGCGAGGUCGGCAGCAGCCUCAGCCUGAACCCGACGGGGCCCACGCCGCAGCCGACACCGCCCAGGGCGCGCCUCACCCCAGGCAGGCCACCAGCUGGGAGGCAGCGCCGAGGUGCCGCCCGCCUGGCCCGGGAGGAGGGCGCGGAGCUGCCCGCGGACGUCUCCGUCAGCGUGGCAGCGUGCUCGCAGCUCAUCUCGGCGGCGAGCGGUGGCCGCGGCCGGACGCCGACGGGGCCUCCUGCAACGCCGAGCGCUGGUCUGCGGGGGCCCUGA